ACAGGGGGCGGUGCUGAGGGUUCCGGGCGCGGACUGCACGUGGGGCUCCGCGGAGGACCGGGGACCGAGCCGCCUCCGUGGCGCUGCCCUUCGCCAGCGCUCGUUCGGCCGCGCCGCGAUGGAUUACCGGCGGCUGCUCAUGAGCCGAGCGAUCCCGGGGCAGUUCGACGACGCCGACUCCUCGGAAGGUGAAAUCACUGACUUGAAGACAGUCAAAACGCGAGGAGAUGGUCUAGCUGAAAUCCUUCCAAGUGACAUGGACGAGAGGGAGGUUGAAGAUGAAGAUGAGGAGGACGAGGAUUACGAUGAAGAAGACUGGGGCUGGGACGUUGGCACUGGGAAAUUUACCAAGACUUACACCUCGUAUGGAGGGAGUAACCCUCAGGCGAAUCGGCAAGCGUCCAGCUACAGUUCAGCCAAAAUGUCUACGCCUGCAGACAAGGUCUUACGGAAAUUUGAGAAUAAAAUCAAUCUAGAUAAGCUAAAUGUUACUGAUUCUGUCAUAAACAAAGUCACCGAGAAGUCUAGACAAAAGGAUGCGGAUAUGUAUCGCAUCAAAGAUAAGGCCGACAGAGCGACAGUCGAGCAGGUGCUGGAUCCCAGAACACGAAUGAUUUUAUUUAAGAUGCUGACCAGAGGGGUCAUAUCAGAGAUAAAUGGCUGCAUCAGCACAGGAAAAGAAGCUAAUGUGUAUCAUGCUAACACAGCGAAUGGAGAGAGCAGAGCAAUCAAAAUUUAUAAAACGUCUAUUUUGGUGUUCAAAGACCGGGAUAAAUAUGUCAGUGGAGAGUUCAGAUUUCGUCAUGGCUACUGUAAAGGCAACCCCAGGAAGAUGGUGAAGACUUGGGCAGAGAAAGAAAUGAGGAACUUGAUCAGGCUGAACACAGCAGGAAUCCCGUGUCCAGAACCAUUACUGCUAAAAAGUCAUGUCCUUGUCAUGGGUUUCAUUGGAAAAGAUGACAUGCCAGCACCUCUCUUGAAAAAUGUCCAAUUAUCAGAAUCCAAGGCUCGGGAAUUAUACCUGCAGGUCAUUCAGUACAUGAGAGGGAUGUAUCAGGAUGCCAGGCUUGUCCACGCGGACCUCAGUGAAUUCAACAUGCUGUACCAGAGCGGAUGCGUGUAUGUCAUCGACGUCUCUCAGUCUGUGGAGCACGACCACCCGCAUGCCCUGGAGUUCUUGAGAAAAGACUGUGCCAACGUCAACGAUUUCUUCCUGAAGCGCGGCGUUGCUGUGAUGACCGUGCGGGAGCUCUUCGAGUUUGUCACAGACCCGUCGGUCACGCCCGAGAACAUGGACGCGUACCUCCUUAAGGCCAUGGAAAUAGCAGCUCAAAGGACUAAGGAAGAAAGAUCCAACCAAGACCAUGUGGAUGAAGAAGUGUUCAAGCGAGCCUACAUCCCUAGAACCUUGAAUGAAGUGAAAAAUUAUGAGCGAGACGUGGAUAUAAUGAUGAAACUGAAGGAAGAGGAUAUGGCCAUAAAUGCCCAGCAAGACAAUAUUCUUUACCAAACUGUCACGGGAUUGAAGAAAGAUUUGUCAGGAGUUCAGAAGGUCCCCGCAAUCCUAGAAAAUCAAGUUGAGGCAAAGCCUUGUUUGGAUUCAGAUGAUUCUGGAAGGUCGGAGGACUCUGACACUGACUCUGAAGAGCAGGGAGACCAUGUCCACUCCAGGAAAUCCAGCCCUCAUCUUGAAGUCGAUAAGAAGGAAAGAAAAAAGAUGGUCAAGGAAGCCCAGAGAGAAAAAAGAAGAAAAAAAGUGCCCAAACACGUUAAAAAGAGAAAGGAGAAGACAGCCAGGUCAAAGGGCAAAUAGCAGCAGAGCCGCGGUCUCGGCGGUGGCCAUCCGCCCGCCCGCCCGCCCGCGGCUCCCUCCUGCCUGUCUGCACGCUGAGCUGCAGCAGGAGACCAAGUCGCUUUUCUGUAGCUGUGUAGGAAGCUCUGAACUCUACCAUCUGGAUUUCACCCAGAUUUCUCUGGGCUCUUGCUGAGCACUGAUAGAAGAUCAAGCAGCUAUUUUACUGUAUUACAGACUUUUUAAACCAGAGCACUGCUCAGCUCCGGCUUCUGAUGGUGCCGGGGAUUGAACCUGGGGCCUCAGAGCCUCAGACAUAAAAGUCUCACGCUUUGCAGCUGAGCCGUUGUGACUUUAACGAAGAGCUUCUUACAAUUUUAUUUUUCUACAAUGUCUUCUACAGCAUGUUUCUCGAAACAAAUACUGAACUGUAACAUACUCCCACGGCUUUUGUGUAAGUAUUAAGUUGCUUUGGCAAAGCUUGGGCA